UCCAUUUACGAUAUAGAUAUUGCUCUUUACGCUAUAUAAACAACCCUUCUUCUCGUUGCACAGUUAGUUUUGAAUCAAACGUUCAACACUUUGGAAGUUCAAGUGUCGAAAAUUAUUAUCUAUCGAUUGUUUAAGAAAAAAACCACUUGAGAAUGAGUUUCGCAAACAAAGUGGUCUUAGUAACGGGAGCAAGCAGUGGGAUCGGCGCUGGAGCUGCGGAGCAUUUGGCGAAAAAAGGUGCGAGUGUUGCUUUGGUCGGUCGCAACGAAAGAAAAUUGAAUGAAGUUUGUGAACGAAUUAAAAGUGCCGGUUCACCGACUCCGUUUGUGGUCGUGGCAGAUAUCACAGUUGAUGCCGUACGUAUAAUCAACGAAACGACAAAUCAUUUCGGUCAACUGGAUAUCUUGAUUAACAACGCCGGCAUCCAAUCACAUAAUACGAUUGAAAACAUCGAUUUGGACGAGUAUGAUCGCAUCAUGAGAACAAAUGUGAGAAGUGUUAUAGAGCUUACGAAAUUGGCAGUACCUCAGCUGGAAAAAACGAAGGGGAAUAUUUUGAAUGUUUCUAGCUCCUGUGGGCUGAGAGUAAAACCAAAUCUCUUUGCAUAUUGCAUUUCAAAAGCAGCGGUCAAUCAGCUGACAAAGAGCGCAGCAUUAGAUUUGGCUCCAAAAGGUAUAAGAGUCAACGCAAUAAAUCCCGUGGUUAUCAAAACAUCAAUUUUUGAAACAGGUUUCGGCAUGAGUUCACAGCAAAUCGAUGAGUUUUAUGCAAAGCAUAGCGCCUUGUACCCGCUGCGCAGAGUUGGUGAAGUAUCUGAUACAUCGGCUGCAAUCGAAUAUUUGGUUAGCGAUCAUGCAUCGUUUAUCACGGGUGCUCUGCUGCCAGUGGACGGCGGAGCUUUGACGGCUGGACAAUAACAUUUAUAACAUAUUUGCAUUUCGGUUAUUGUUAGCAAUAAAAUGAUGUUGAUGAUGUUCAAAAAGUCAAAAACCAGUCUCAAACCAUCAAUAAAAUUUCAAUUGAUUUUCACAUUUGAAAAUUGUUCAGUUUAA